AGCUUGUUCAUCCUCCUACUGACAAGGAAACAAAUAAAAAAAACACAAGACUCGCCCUCACUAGACUUCCACUGACUUCAGGAGGGAAUGCUGGGAGUGCUGGAAUAUCUGGAGUAGUGCCUGGUACAGCAGCAGCUGAUGGAAUAAGAGAAAAACAUCCCAGCUCGAAGUGAAAGUAACUGUGAGGGAGCUCUGAAGACGAAGGAGCGGCACCGGCUCCUGUCUGCCUGCCUGCCUGCUGAGAUCAAUGGCUUCCAGGUCAGAGGAGGACUUCUGCUGUCCUGCCUGCCACGACAUCUUUGAAGACCCUGUCCUGCUGUCAUGUAGCCACAGCUUCUGUAAAGCCUGUCUGCAGAGCUGGUGGACGGGGAGACAAUCCCAAGAUUGUCCGGUCUGUCGGACAGUUUCUCCAUGCAGUGAUCCGCCUCGUAACCUGGCGUUAAGGAACCUGUGUGGGACCUUUUUACGAGACGGAGGUCAGGGAGCCUCAUUAGGGCCUGUAACUGUCUGCCAGCUGCACUCUGAGAGGCUCAAACUCUUCUGUCUGGACCACCAUCAGCCGGUGUGUCUCGUCUGCAGAGAUGCAAAAAUACACACCGACCACAGGUUCAGACCCGUCGAUGAAGCUGCACAGGAUCACAGAGAGGAGCUCCAGAAGUCCCUGAAGCCCUUACAGGACAAGUUAAAGCUUUUUAAUGAUGUCAAAGUAAACUUUAAUCAAACAGCACAACACAUCAAGGUCCAGGCUCAAUGCACAGAGAGGCAGAUUCAGAAGCAGUUUAAGAAGCUUCACCAGUUUCUAAAAGAGGAAGAGGAGGCCAGGAAGGCUGCGCUGAGGGAGGAAGAGGAGCAAAAGAGUCAGGUGAUGAAGGAGAAGAUGGAGGCUCUGAGCAGAGAGAUAGCAGCUCUUUCAGACACAGUCAGAGCCACAGAGGACGAGCUGAGAGCCGAAGACGUCUCGUUCCUGCUCAACUACAAGGCUGCGGUGGAACGAGUCCAGCAGCAACCCCUGCUGGAGGAUCCACAGCUGCUCUCAGGAGCUCUGAUAGAUGUGGUGAAACAUCUGGGCAACCUGACCUUCAACAUCUGGAACAAGAUGAAGGACGUGGUCUCCUACUCUCCUGUGAUUCUGGAUCCGAACACUGCCUAUCCAGAACUCAUCCUGUCUGAAGACAUGACCAGCGUGAGACAUGGAAAGAUACAGCAGCGUCCUGAGAACCCAGAGAGGUUUGCGUACUGGGAUUCAGUCCUGGGUUCAGGAUUUGACUCAGGGACUCACAGCUGGGACGUUGAGGUCGGAGACAACAAGGACUGGGAACUGGGGGUGUUGGCGGAGUCCGUCUGUAGGAAAGGAUUCGUAGGCUCUACAGUGUGGAGCGUAGACUUCAGCGCUGCUGGCUACAGAGCGUUCUCCCCAACAAAUAGAUACACCGAUCUCCCCGUCAGAGAGAAGCUCCAGAGGAUCAGAGUCCUUCUGGAAUGGGACGAAGGAAAGCUGUCGUUCUCCGAUCCUGAUACCGACACACACCUAUGCACCUUCACACACACUUUCACUGAGAAACUGUGCCCAUACCUUUGCACCAGGAAUACACUCGCUCUGAAAAUAUUACCUGUAAAGGUCUCUGUAACAAUGCAACGUUAGAGAUCAGUUAGAGGUCAGUUAGAGGUCAAGAUGAAAUAUCAUGUAAUUUUUUUUCUACUGUUUUUGAUCAGUUAUGCAUCAAGUAUGUGAGGAUACAUAAUAUGAGAAAUAAGAUUAGAAACAGGAAAUGACUACACAGUUAGCCUUUGCUGUCCUUUUCUACAGUUAAAUACCACAAAAUGCCCAAUAAACCUACCAUUAAACAUCUUUACAGUUAAUUACUGUAAUUUGCAUAUCAUUAUGGAUAUAGUGUAGACGUUAUAUGUCAUUUAGAGUAACUAUACGAUCACAAUGUGGCGCCCAUAUAAGGAUUUGAUUUGAUUUGAAUAGGCUGUUUAUGUAGGCCUGUUUCUUAAAUGCAUUUUUUUUCUCCAAUUCAGUGGUUGCAAUAAUCCAAUACAAUUUAAAUAUAUUAUUAUUAUUAUUAUUAUUAUUAUUAUUAAUAAUAAUAAUAGUUAUAAAAUAAUAAUAAUAAUAAUAAUAAUAAUAAUAUUCUUUUUUAUAUUAGUGGUCGCAGCUUGUGGUUCCAGUAUGAUGAUGUUGUUUCAUAUUGUAAAAUAAAAAUGCCCUGAUGGAGGUUGGAACAUUGCAUUUUCAAUAAACUUAGCAUUGACCUUGUGGGGCAGUUCAUGGUGUUCUUUUUUUUAUCAUGUAAAAAAGUAAGUCUUUGAUUUUCAACAGUAUUCUCACAGCAAAGAAAUUAACAA